CCCUCUUUUCCUUCCAGCCUUGUGUCUGAAACUCUCCUGUCGCAGCCCUCCUUCCCCAUUAAUUCUCCCUCAUCUGGGAUCCCUGUUACAACUCAUUUUCUUUGGUCUGCGCUACCCUUCCCUCUUCUGUAUCUUCUCCAGCAUAAGCUUUAAGGUGUGAACUUUUCCAAGACUUUCUUCCUUCCCUGGAAUUCGCCUGGAAGCCUUAUGGGGUGAGGGCUCUGCUUCCCUUGGCUUCCCACCACCGAGCUUCGAGCACCUUUUUCCCUGCAGCUCUAUGACUUAGAGAAAAGACGGGAAUCGAGAACCUCUCCCAUGGCCGUAUAUUCCCUGUCCUUGUGGCUUUCAGCUGGUGGUUUGCCUGUAUGAUGGGCUGUAAGGGUGCCCAAGGAGGCUUCCUUGAUGUUGUUGAUAGGUUAGAUAUGAGUAAUAAGCGUUUUGUGCCCUUUGUGGAGAGUCUGCCAGCAUCUGCUGCUGUCUCAGCCCUGGUGCUUGGGAUCCCCUGGCUGUGCAGAAGGAGCUUGUAUGGUUUGGGCGAUGUUAAAGGUGAGCGUGGGGAGGGAAGGAGAAUCCCCGUUCUGGCCCAAUCUGUCUGGGACUGCUCGCGCCAAAAAUGGGAAAGUACAUAAACUAAAAGUGAGUAAAAUAAAACCGCAGAGUCUGUGGUUUCUCUGGGUCUGCCUUUUCCCUAAGGAGUCUCAUGGUUUCAGGGGUCAAGCUUGAGAAACACUCACAGAUCUUCAUUUUCUUAGAAAGCUGUGUGGCCUCUUAAAUGCAGACUUUUGUUUUGAUGGUAUCAACUGUUUUCAGAUACCUAAUUUGACGUGUUUUUUUGCUUUUGUAAAUUAGAGAGAGAAGACAAAGUAGGAGUAGGCAAGUAUAUAGGUGACCAUGAAGGAACUUGAGCUGGGCAGACAAGUGGUUUAAAGCUGAGGAAGUUUUCUACUUGUGCUGUAGCUGUAACACAUAAACGUGUGACAAAGUUAGAGAAGGUGGAGGAUGAUUAUUUUUCAAAAAAAGUUUUCUAGAUAUUUUUAAGAAGGAGGAUUGUUCUUGUGCAGUAGCAAUUUAGUCCCUCUAUAUAUAAUUCCUUUACUUCAACUUGAUGUCAGGACCAAAAAAAAAAAAAGCUCAUUUCUUUCAACGAGGGCAGCAACGAAGAGGGCUCCACUUGGGCAAUCCUUGCCCAUUCCCAGUAGCUGCAGUUUUCCUGGGACCCCCCCUCAGUUCUGUGCUCCGCACGGCUGCACCUUGUUGAUGAAAAACUGAGGAAAAAUCAACUUUGGAAUCUGCUGGUGCUGGAGGAGGCCGGUGCGGGGGUGUUAAGUACUCCACCACGCUCCGGCACCGCGGGGCUCCAAGUAUUGCAUCAGAGGCACCCGGUCGUGCGAGAGCCCCCGGAGGAGUCUCAGAUCUGUGUUUCUUGUACACUCCUCCUUAUUUAAAAAAGAAAAAAACCCAAAAAGUACAGAAGCAAGAAAAAAGGUUAAAGCACAUAUUUGACUGGCCCCAUGAUGGAAAGAAUCUUCCACCCCACCCAAAAGGAGACACUUUGCAACUAUUUUGAGUUCCCAGCUUCUUCCGGCUACGGCAGCAGGUCCAACAGAGGCGGUCGGAGGCUUCCAAAUGUGAACGUCGUGGAGGCCCUGCAGGAGUUCUGGCAGAUGAAGCAGUCGCGCGGAGCCGACCUGAAAAACGGAGCCCUCGUGGUGUACGAGAUGGUCCCUUCCAACAGUCCCCCGUACGUCUGCUACGUCACCUUGCCGGGAGGGAGCUGCUUUGGCAGUUUCCAGUUCUGUCCAACCAAGGCUGAAGCCCGCAGGAGUGCUGCGAAGAUUGCGCUAAUGAACUCGGUCUUUAAUGAGCAUCCCUCCCGGAGGAUCACGGACGAGUUCAUUGAGAAGAGUGUUUCGGAAGCCCUGGCAUCUUUCAACGGCAAUCGAGAGGAAGCUGAUAAUCCCAACACCGGGAUCGGGGCUUUUCGCUUCAUGCUGGAAUCCAACAAGGGAAAAUCAAUGCUGGAGUUCCAGGAGCUGAUGACCGUCUUCCAGCUGCUGCAUUGGAACGGCAGCCUCAAAGCCAUGCGGGAGAGGCAGUGCUCGCGGCAGGAGGUCCUGGCUCACUACUCCCACCGCGCUCUGGACGACGACAUAAGGAACCAGAUGGCCAUGGACUGGGUGAACAGGGAGCAGAACAGCCCCGGGGCCCUUUCCAGAGAGCUGGCUUCGACGGAGAGAGAGCUGGACGAAGCCCGCCUGGCUGGGAAGGAGCUGCGUUUCCACAAGGAGAAGAAAGACAUCCUGAUGCUGGCGGCGGGCCAGCUGGGGAGCAUGCACUCCUCCAACUGCUAGACUGGCGUGCGAGUCGUUCCGCUCCCCCAGGCCCACUAACACCUCCACACCGACGGGAGCCGUCCCGUCUCACGUAAAGCAUGUAAUGCCUCUUCCAGAAUUGUGGCCCAUUUGCACAUUUUAAAGAAAUUUUUUUUUUUUUUUUUUUUUUUUAAGAAAAAGCUCCUGUACAGAUUUUUAAACCUUUUAAUACUUGCUUCUAGACCUACUCCUCGGCCUCCUGUCUGCUAGAGAUUUCCUUCUGUCACUGUUUUUUUUAAAGACAGCAUUAAAAACGCAGCUUUUCGGUAUUAACGCUGAAGAGCUCCGCUCCACGUUGGUACUAUAUAGUCAGCAGUAUUCCGUGAAAUGAAAUGUAGCCCUUCUUCCAGGAAGCUUCUGUUCCUCAGAGCUGAUGCAUGCCAUGCAGACACCUGCUGCUUUUUUUUUUUUUUUUAAAUUUUCCCCCGUUCUUUUUCUAUAGUAGAGAGGGGGAUCAAUCAGAACUCCUUGAUAAACACACCAAUUAAAAAGCCAAAACAAAACAAACAGCGCAUUCUCUUUAACACUACAGUGCAGGCUGCGUGGGGGGAUACUCCCAAGCAUGUAAAAGGGAUUUAAAACCAGGAUUUUGUUUUGUCCAGACUUAAGUCUCGAGGUCAGUCCCAAGCUCGGGCAGGAUUCGCAGUUCCCCCUACAACUGUCGGGUGGCUGUUGUCUGUUCCUGCUCUGGCUUUCCACUCGUGGGGUAGGACAUACCUCGUUCUCUAAAUAAUGCACAUUAUAAUAAGAGAAAUAAUAACGAACUCCAAGGCCCUGCAGUACUUCAGGGAUUGGACUUGGCAGUUUAAUUAGUCUGCAGCAGACAGAGCCUCCUGCUCCGCUCCUUUUCAGUCCUCUUUGGGUUUUUAGGGCGUUUAGCCCAGCCUGGCAGGGUGGAGAUGCUGGAGUCCUGUCCCAGGCACCACCGGUCGGUGCAGGGGGAUGAAGCGGGCCAGUUCAUUUCGCUGGAAAUGGAGCGUUGGGAGUUUCUUUGGCUUCCUCAGCUGAGCUGGGGAGAUGUGAGUUUUUGAAAACCUUGCACGAAAUGAGAGAUGGACAUGCUGUUCUCUCCGGAGCAGCUUCCAAACCAAAUGUCAGACUUGGCCUUUCCAAGGGAGGUUUAAAAAGCCUUGCCAGAGUUUCAGAACACGCUAGCAGUAAGAGGGGAAACUGCUCAGCUUCUCCCUUGCGAACACAAGUCGGUGUUACCCAGGCCCGUGUUUAAGGCUUCGUUAACCAGGCCCGUGUUUAAGGCUUCGUUAACCAGAGCCGUGUUUAAGGCUUCGUUAACCAGAGCCGUGUUUAAUCCUUUGAACCAGAGCACAGAUCCAGCCCCGCGCAGCGAAAGCCCAGACUAGGGUUUGGCCUCAACUCAACUUGGCUUUUGCCCGACAGAUAAAGGGCUCUGAGCCCUCGCUGCGCCCGGCUCCCUCCGCAGCUGUCCCCCCCCCGCCAGGAAACAGGUAUUGGGGACAAUUCGUAGGAUUUCUGGUAGAGCAGAGGGCUGAGCAGCCCUUCUCGCGCAGAGCUUGCCGUUCCUCGAGGAAAAACAGUGCUGAAACAAAAAACGUCGUUAUGCACUUUUUUUUUUUUUUUUAAUUAAUAGUUCCCUAUUCUUUAUAUACCUGUCAGUACUAAACCUAUAUGAUGUGUAGAGUUAAAAAAAUGCCCUUUUUGACACUAAAGUGUUCCUACAGCUCAAGUUCAGUCAACAAAACAGCAGCUUGCUGUAGGUAAUUCCUGUAUCCCUCCCAACUUUUCCAAUACGUAGCCCGGAAGAGCCAGCAGCAUCUCAGCGGGAAUGUAAAUUGCGGACAAAUUUAUUUUUCAGCGUGGCGCUGAGCUUGCUCCGGUUCUUUUCCCCGGGGCAGAGGUACAAAACCUUCUGGACUCUGCUAUUUCCACGGGUGGCCGCCCCUCGUGCCCUCCCCUUCCUCGGCACCAGCCUCCCCCGCAGUGUUUGACCGCAGAGGCAGGCGGUAUUUGAGCAAUAGUCUUUGUUUUGAGACGGAGAUUUUAAAAAAUUGCAUUAUCUGUAGGUAUUCUAGUUUUGUAUUCUCAUCCUAACAAGCCUAUUUGGGGGGGGGGGGGGGGGGUGUUUAUAUAUUUUUUUAUACGCAGCCUCUUUACACAACAGUAUUAAUGUUUAACGCGUUUAUAAAUGCGAUUGUAAACGGUGUGGGGUUUGGGGUGGGUUUUUGUUUUUUUUUUUUUUUUUUUUACAGGCAAUAUCGAGACCUUGCAUUGGGAUUUAAUCACGUGCUCUAGCCCGGCACUUCCCCACCUGCCUGUAGCGUUGUUGCGUCGCGCGAAACGGUGAUUUAUCCGACGGCCUGAUCUCAGAACCGCGGGAGCCCCCGCUCAGCACCUCCCUCAGCCCGCUGGCAGAAUCCCUCCCUGUUCUUUUGCUCUUCGCGGCGCGCGCGAUUUUUUUGCGCCUCGGGAUUUUAAGUGAUUUUAGCCAAACUCUCCGUGACUCUGUCCUGCGGCGCCGGGUCGCGCAACGAGCUCGCCAACAAACCGCCAGCCGCUCGCAAAACAAAUCGGGGAGGGUUAUGGUGUUUCCAUCCGUCCUGGGAAAGGAAAAGCCGAUAUUCCGUGACGUGUGUUUUUGGCAAUACAGGCACCCGUUUUGAGUCUCCGCUUCCGCUUGGGAGGUGAUAAAAUGAACAAAUCCAGGUUUUUCUCAGCAUCCGGAAGGGGGUUGUUCUCCUUGUUCAGGCCACAUAGUUAAACGCAAAGCUGAAAGGAUAAAUCGCCGCACAGCGUUGCGGUUUGUAUGUAUGAUUUGAUACAAUAAAAUAGAUUUUGGGGUA